AUGGAGUCCGAUUGGAUGCCAUGCGACACGACACCGAUGAUCCCUGCCGGAGCACCGAGAGUAGGGGACGUCGUGCCAUGCUGGCGGUCCAACAUCAGUCCCACUCCUGGCUUCUAUUCGUGUCUUUGCUCGGGAUACUUCGGGGCGUGCCCAGAAAUUUCCGGCAGCUGUACCAAGCUGACAGACCCCACAGCCAUCUGGGACUUCGUGGAGCAGGAGCUGCAGCCCUCCUUAAUUCUGUUUGGCGUGCUCGUGGGAGUGGCCGGCAGCUGUUGGCUUUGUGGUCUUAUCUACCUGCCCUACCAUUGCUGGUUCAAGCGGGCUGCGUCGGUUUCGGCAGCUGAAGAUGUCCCUCAAGUGGCUGUCAAAGUGGACGCGCCAGAGCAGGGUGGUUAG